CCGAUCCUGGAAUCCCCAAAUCGUCAGAUAAACCUCAUUGUAUUUCUCUUUACCGGAGAAGUCCAUUUUCUCUUUCUAUCUCUCUGAUUAUUCACCGGAAGAGACAGCUCCAUCAACAACUUGGAUCAAUGGCUGCGGCGGCGAAUACCAACCCCAACAGUCUUCCGGUUGUGCCGUCACCGAAGAGGCCGCCGCAACCAGCUAAGACCAUCGAUGCUCACUCGGUCCUCAAAAGGUUGCAGUCUGAACUGAUGUCUCUAAUGAUGAGUGGUGACAGUGGAAUAUCAGCAUUCCCGGAAGAAGACAACAUAUACUGCUGGACAGGGACAAUCACAGGUAGCAAAGAUACGGUUUUCGAAGGAACGGAAUACAAACUCACUUUGGCCUUCCCUAAUGAGUAUCCAUUUAAGCCCCCCACUGUUAAGUUUGUGACUGCAUGUUUUCAUCCCAAUGUCGAUGGUCAAGGGAACAUAUGCUUGGACAUUCUUCAGGACAAAUGGUCUUCUGCAUAUGAUGUUAGGACUGUACUACUUUCAAUCCAGAGUUUGCUUGGAGAACCAAACACGAGCUCACCUCUAAACUCUCAAGCGGCAGCGCUAUGGGGCAAUGGAGAAGAGUAUAGAAAGGUGGUGGAGCAGCUAUAUAAGCCCACUCUGUAGUUUCAAGAUCUCAACCCCCCCCCCCCCCUGUUUUUCUGAGAAGAGGCGAGAUUUUCAUGGCAUUCUUCAUAUUAAAGAUGACGUGGGAGUAAAGCAGUGGUUGCAGUGCUUAGUAAUAGCUUGAAUAAUGUUGAUGAUGAUGAUUAAGGCUCACUUUGAUGCUUCUAGCAUAUACACUCCCAUUUAUCUACUUCAUUUAUCACUUGUAUAUUUCUCCUUGUCAACAUAUAUGCGUAUUGGUGAUAAGCUAUAGAUGUUGGCUACGUUCGGUGGCGGAUUUCAGCCCCAAAUAAGCUGAAUUUUCUAAACAAAAAUACUUUUACACAUAUUUGUGAAGGCUUUUUUUGUCCGUACAGACAAAAAAUGCCUACACAGAUGUGUAAAAGUAUGUACACCAAGUCCAAUUGAUUGGAGAAAGGGCUGCACUAAGUUUAAACUGAAAUUUAUGGACUGAAUCAUAUUAGAAAUACUAUAUUCACG